GGAGAGAGGAGAGUGACAGUGUGUGUGAACCAGUUCCUUGCUGCACGCUUGACUGUCUGGGAAGCAGAGACCAGAGACUGCACAUGUGUUAGCCUUUCAAUUCUUCCACAAGAGCCCCAGCUGCUCAGAUCGCAGUGAGAGCCAGUGCAAUGGACCUCUCUGAACUCACAAUAUCCCUGCUGGUGUGGUGUGUGCUCUGCGGCUCCUGCUCCAGCUGCAGUGAUACGCAGUACCGCGCCUCUGACGGGAGCUGUAAGGAGUGCCAGCCGUGUCCCGCGGGUGAAGAGCCCCAGGAGGACUGCGGAAUUGACUCUGGGUGGCCGGUACAAUGCGUGCCCUGUGAGGACGGCCGGUACAGCGCUGACCGGGACUUGAACCCGUGCUGGUCCUGCACACAGUGCCACGUUCAGAACCGGGAGGAGCUCUCCCCAUGCCAGCACACCGCCAACGCCAAGUGUGGCCGCUGUUUAAAAGGGUUCUUUGAGCUCAAACGCACAGACGGGGGGUCGGAGCUGGUCUGCAUCCCCUGUGCCGGCACCGACGUGAUGAGCCGCAAGGAGUGCCAAGUGACGGAGCCCCCUGAGACCUCCAUGGCUGUGAUCGGCAUGGUCUCAGCUGCCUCCACCUUCGCACUGGUGCUGCUGCUCUGGAUCCUCGUGUUCAUCACCAAGCAGAUCAGACGAGGGUACAAGGGCUCCCUCCAGCCCAGCAGACUCCCGGACCCUCUAACUGACCUCAUCACUCAGUACUCGCCAAAGGAAGUACAGCCUCUCCGACAGGAAGUGACCCCGAAGGACCUGGAGCAGGGCUGUCACUGUCCGGAUGACUCCCCCAGAUCACUGAGCUCGCUGAUUCCAGAGAAGGAGACCCCACCCCAUUCUAUUGUCAUCAAUGUCACCACCAAUAUCAAGCCCCCCUCUGAAGGGGAGGAGCAAGAGUGGGGGGAAGGGCCGGGUGACACCACCCUGUUACAGGAGGAGCAGAUGGAACACCAGCUGGAGGAGAUCUGCAGAUUAGCUGAGGGACAGAGCCUGGAGCAGCUGGACUAUGACAGUGUGCAUGAGCUGUCUCUGCUGGUGGACUCUAGGGGGAGCCGGGCUCUGCGCAGGCUGGGCUGGGCUCUGGGGGUCCGGCCUGACAUCCUCAAUAACCUACACGGGUUCCAGGAGCUCUUCGAAUACCUGCGCACCUCCACCUACAUGCAGCUGCCAGAGCUGGCCCGCGCCGCUGCACGCAUCCACAGGGCAGACCUGGUCGACAGGCUGCACCAGGGCCUGGCCGCCACGGAGAGGGCCCCCAGGAGCUAGGGCCCGCCCCCUCCCACUCCUCCCUCUCCUCCUGCACACAGACAGGUGCUGGUGUCUAAGUGUGGAAGUUACACAGCUUCUCAGGAAGCAGACCCAGUGACAGAGCUCUGCGUUUUAUUAAGACAGACUGUGAAAGGAGAAGCAGUUAUUCAACCCUUCAUACAGAAAAAAAAGACACUGAUGUGCAAUUUAACACCUUUCUUUCAGAUAAUGCAUGUUGAUGAUACAGGUGUCCUUAACUCGUUAUUAUUUCCCUCUACUUCAUGUUCUGUUUCUUGUCUUGAUGCUUUCACUGUAGCCAUAGAAAGCACCCUGACUCAAUGGAAGGGUACGUUGACUUAAAAGAGGUAUGACGUCAGCUUCCUGUCUGAAAAGCAAGCACACUUCAAUUUGAAUUCAUCACUUGCUUUAUUUAUUUUAGGCAGAACUAGAAGUGGAUCUUGGAAUGCACUGGAAGUUCUGUCCAAGCGUUUAAAGUUCUAGAAUAAUCUUGAGACUGCAUGCGUUUUUAUUUAUUUAAGGUUUGCACUGGAACUUCGUUGAAGAGUUCAUAAACCAUUGCAUAAAAGACUUGCUUUUGAAUCUGAUUGUGUCAAACAUUUCACUGAUUUUGAGAAGAGUCAUUUUUUCCUAAUAUAUCUGCUGGUGUUUAAAAGCCUUAGUGAAACAAAACAAAACUUUGAUGUUACAGCUCAGGGGGUUACUUUGUGAGCUCUUAGGAGCUUAGUUGUUUAUUGCUAGUUUUGUAAAAUUAGCAAAUUGUUUAAAAAAUAAAAAUGUGCAAGUUAAGCACUGAAGUAAAUAGUUUGUAAGAAACAGUGAACACUGUGGGAAUGGGAGUCAACCAGUUACCAAUAGACAUAAUAACUACCUGUUUAAAGAUAGAGAACAAAAUGGAGACCUAAGUUCAAGAAGUUUCUAAAUAUAGGUUUACUGUGCUGGGAAAAUUGCACAUAAGAUAAUUGCUAAUGUAAGACUAAGGAAAGGACCAUGUCUCCUAAUGUGUUGAUCUUCUGAGUUUACACUUUGCUGUUGUUGCUUGGUUCUGAGCAUUGUCAGGAAAGAGUUUCAGUUUAAUGGUUUUUGUAGUGAAUUUGUACAGAUGUUUGUUUUUUCUUAAAGGCAGCUCUUUUUCAUGGUUCUCAAGCCACUACAGCCACACCUAAAGCCUAUAGAGAAAGAUAUGGGGUAAUUGGGUCAUACAAUUUAAAGCUGCAGUACCCCAUAUUACACAGAAAGGUUAUUCGCUGAUGCACGUUUACCACAGUCUUCCAUGGUUUAACCUUCAUUGGGUUUAGAAAGCGGCCCUUGCUGUCCAGUUUGUUUACAGUGUGUUUGUUUACAUUCCCCAGUCAAAGAGUGUUUUGGCAGUCAGGGCAGAGUAUUGGAAAACAAUUUUCUUGAAUUCAAGGUCUCGCAAAGUUUUAUAAAGUUUUAGACUAGCUCAUAAAAAGGCCUGCGUGCUUUCUGAGCCUCUAUCCCGUCUGCCUGCCUGCCUGCCUGUCUGAGUGUUAAGUAACACAGCGCUCCUGAAUAUUUCAAACCCUGGGUAACUGAGCCCCGAGCUCAGCGUGUAUUCCCUUAUCUCCCAUGAAAAAUGAAUGAGGCAGCUACAGCCUUAAUGUGCUGUAAUGGAGAGGAUGGGGAAGGGGGGAGAUGGUGGUGGUGGUGUGGGGGCGGGUAUCAAUGCUGGUGCAUUGCAGGCCUGGAGAGAGGUCCCAUCAGCACACCCAUCCAAGACCUCCACUGCAUCUAAACUGUACUGGCACCAACAGCGGCAGAGUUCAGCUCUGGGGUUACUCAAUAGUUUAACUACUGCAAGAUAACUGUAAUCACACUGCCACUGCAAUCUGAGAUGCUAUGAUAAUGUUGCCAGCUUAUUCUGCACACUUUGUCCACUGUAUUGCAAUUUAGCUGCACUUCAUAGCUGCAAUUUCAGAUUCAUUUGUACAAUAAGAAUAGUGACAGCGGCUAACAAGAUUGCUGUUAGGCUGCAGUAUAACUACAGUGCUGCAACUGCAGUCUAAUGCUGGGGAUCCUUGUUUCUAUCUUUUUCUGUCUUGGUCCUUUUUGUACAUGUUUUUUGGUCAGAUGAUUCAUUGUACAGCAGCAUUUUGUAUCUGUGUAUUGUGAUGACAUGCCUCCUGCAAACUGAACUUGUGAAGAAACUGUUACUUAUUGUGAAUAAAAUGUACAUGUUUCCUUUGUAAAUCAAUUGUAAUAAAUAAGUGUGUCGAUCA